UUUGCGAGUGAUGGAAGACACUUUCAGUUCGGACCGGUGCCGAAAAAUAAUAAAUAAAUAACUAAAAGAACAACAGACUAACGAGAAAUAAUAUAGCAAUACUUGAAAGCGGGAUUCUCUAUAAAUCAAACGCUUUUCAGACAGUAGCCUUAAAACUGCUAGAUCAAAACGAAACGGAGUAAAAUAAAAACGCGCGCGCAAUAGACGGCACGCCCCCCCGCCCUCAUCGGCGUCUUCCUUCUUUCGAGCGGAAGCAAAACAAAGAAACCAGGACAUCACAAAAAGGAAGAGAGAAGAAUAAAGCAAGUGGAAGCGGCCCGAAAAGGAAAAGCAUAUGAGCUGAACGGCAGGAUAUAACCCCCAAAAAAAACGACCAAUCUGCGAAACCUAAAAGUCUUAUAAAUUCAACUGCUGCUGCAAACCUUAUGACUGAUUUAUAACGUUGAGCAAACCAUAGCGAUUACCUCCCUAAGAACUUUAUACUAGCUUACAAAUAGAGAUAUAUACUCGCGCAUAUACGGCCGCAUAUAUUUGAAUGGCAAGGCAAUAAAACUCCGAUUAUAUAGCAUUGUAUAGUAAAACGCUAGAAGAAGUGUUGCCUCAACCAGUUCCGUAGAUAGUGUCUAUAACAAUUACUACAUCCGAUAUCUGAUAGAUAGGGGAGGAGAGAGCAGAGGAGAAUCGGAAGCCAGAGAGAAGUGAGGAAUGCAGCGGUGUCCCUACAUUCAUGAGAUGCGCGAAAGAUUACUGGACCAGCCACGGGAGACACUUCAACUGGAGAACAUGGAGCGGGCCAAUCUGCUCGACAACCGCCAAUCGGCAUCUGAAUCCAACCAGGUCGGCACUGUGGUCAAGCUGCAGGGCGAUGGCUACCACACAAGUCCUGCCCACCAGCGCACCCCACUAGUGCCUCACGAUCUCGGCGAGGACUUCAAUUUGGAUUUCGACGACGACUUCCCGAUCGACGCAAGACGACCGAAAAAUGCCAACGGCAAACAUCCAGCGGUUCUGACGCGUCCACAGCAAAGGACAUCGCUGUUUAUUGUGACCAGUCUGGUGUACGCGAUCCUCCUGAUUGUCGUCUGCAUCGCCUACGUAAUCAGCGAUGUAACCACCCACCGACUGCCGGUUUUGUACUACGAGACAUUCUUCACAUAUCUCUACGGCGUCAGCAUACUCUUCCUUCUCUACGUCUUUUGUUUCCUGCUGCAGGAGAGCUCUUGCUGCAAUGGCGGCAACGGUGGCAGCAAACCGAAACCCCAGCCCAAGGAGAAGAAGUCGAAGAAAGCCAAGAAUGCCGAUCCGGCCGAUUCGAAGGAUGCGAAGGGCUCAAAGGACUCUGGCAAGGCGGCCAAGGGCGCCGCAUAUCAGGAAGCACCCGUGGAUGCCGAGGUGGCCGUCACCCCAAAGAAUGUGCGCAAGCGCAAGACAACCCAUAGUGAUCUGACGCACGGCAGCUUUUUCCUGCGAGUGGGAGCUAUUGCUUUUGGACUGGGCGCCAUGAUCUAUAUUGGCCUGGAGUUUGGAUCGUUCUUCGAAAUUCCAUUUGAUUCGCCAUGCCAUCACAUCCUGAUCGGCGUAAACCCACUGCUCCAGAUGAUAUUCACCUUCAUGCAAAUGUACUUUAUAUUCAUGAAUGCACGGACUAGGCCGCCAUUUCAGCUGAACAUCCACCGCUUCAAGGUGAUCGCCCGCUUUGGCCUGAUGCACGUGGUGGCCACCAACAUAUGCGUGUGGAUCCGUACGUUGGUGAAGGAGUCGCUGCUGGAGAUCACGAUCUACCACCAGAAGAACGAGCCGGAGGCGGGGGCCUCCUCCAUUGCGCACUCGAUCCGGCAGCAUGCACUGCGCCAUGCGGGCACCGUGCUGAGGACCCACGCAGGACCCAAUAGCGAGUUCGAGGUCCUCGACGGCGAGGACAUCCUGCCCAAGGAUGUGUACAAGAGCGACAACGUGCUGUCCAAGCUGGUUCGCAAUACCGUCGACGGUAUUUCGAAGAGCCUGGGCAUGGGUGGUGGUGACCAGCAGGUGGUCGCCGGCCUAAGCACCACCAGCACCACAACCACCAGGGCGCCGUUCACCACGCCGAACUACCAAUGGCACAGCACUACUAUGGCCCGCAAGCUGAAGAAGUUUAUCACCAGCGCCACCACCGCGGCCACCACGGCGGGCAGCAGCAGUAGCUCCACGAGUACCAUCUCACCGACAUCGUCGGCCGCUAGUAGCACCGCCACCACCAUCAUCACUCCGACCAGCACCGCCAUCCCAUCAUCGAGCACCACCUUUAGUCCAUUUAGCACCGCCACCACCGCCGCCCUGAAUCUCGAGACCAGCGGCAGUGAUUCGCCCUUCGGCGGCCUGCAGCGCAUCCUCUCUAGCGCUGCGCCGCCGAGCCUGGCGCCAGUCGAUGGGUUCGGUUCCGCCGCCACGCCACUUCCCGUUUCCGUUUCCGCCUCGCACGCCGGAUCGUUUGUGGACUCGUUCCUGGCCAGCACCCUGAGCCCGGCCAGCAGCACCGAGGGCUCGGCCAGCAUAAUGAACAACCUCUUCGGCCAGGGACCCAUGGAGAACAGCUUCCAGACGUACACCGAUCUCGGCCACGAGGAGGCCACCGGCCUGGUGAGUUUCGAGAAUCUGGAGAGCCUGGACAGCAUUUACCCGGCGGCGCUGUCCUCCAACAUCGGCACACUCAACUCCACCGCCUGCGGACGCAUCGAUAUAAUGGGCACCAUUGUCUACGAUUCGGCGCCCUACCUCUAUCCGUUCAUCAUCGAGUACUCGCUGAUCGGGGCGGUGGUGUUGUAUGUGAUGUGGAAGCACAUCGGCCGCUAUCCGGGCCGGAUGAACGACGAGGAUCUGGAGCACCGGCUGGAGGUGAUGCUGUCGCGGCGGGCGGUGGCCAUGGCGCAGCAGGCGCGAUCCGGACGCGUCGACUGCGUCGGCUCGUCGAAGGGCCUCUUCUUCGGGCUCCUGCUGCUGGUCGGAGCCCUCAUCUGCCUGAUACUCUUCUUCGUCUUGGUGCGCCAUCAGCAGUUCUCGCUCUUGGCCAUUUACCUUGCCGACGCCAGCCACUGCAUCCUGAUGGCCUUCGCCAUCCUGGCCAUAAUAGUGGGAUUCAUCAGGGUCAAGAACCUGAAGUUCCGCUGCGAGGAGCAGUCGAACCUCAACGACAUAUUGCUGCGCAUCUCGGCCUUCGGCCUGUUCACCUACUCCGUGUUCAGCAUCAUCGCCGGCAGUCUGAAGGUGCUCGAGAGUGAGCCCAGCCUGCUGGUGACGACCACCGGGGGCGUGGCCGUCUUCCAGGUGAUCCUGCAGCUGCUGUUCAUCGCGGACGUGUCCCGCCGUCGCGUCCACCUGCCGGAGCACGACCGGAGCAAGCCGGGCCGCCAGAUCGUCACCUUCCUACUCAUCUGCAACGUGGCCAUGUUCGCCAUCUACACAUUCGAAGCUCAAAAAGUAUUCGCCAAUCCUGUAAGUAGAUAUGUUCAGCUGGAGUUCUACGGAUUUGUGCCCUGGUCGAUCAUCCAGCGCAUCACACUGCCCCUGUGCAUCUUCCAUCGGUUCCACAGUGCCGUGACACUCGCCGAGAUCUGGAAGACCACCUACAAGGCACGCUUGGAGUAAGCCGAUGUCUAUAUCCCGAUGUCUAUAUAGGCCGAUGUGGGAGUUAUGAAAAUGCACCAAAACCAAAAUGUAGCGAGCCCAGAACGCAAACAGAAAUAGAAAUCAAGUGAAGAGUUAGUUUCUAAUUACGUAUAAAACAUAUAUGCAUACUACAUAUAAUAUAUAUACAUUAAUGCAGAUAUGAUUAUGAUUUUUUUGUUUAAUAACCAAAGCGAAUCGAAAUGAGAAACGAAACGAACGAACCUUUCGGACCAAUCUGCACGAUAAGAGAUUGCGAUAACGAUAACGAUUAGCAGAUCGCUUGUUGAAUUUCCCCCGUUUCAGUUUUUACUUUGUUAACUCGUGGAGAACUUAAGAACUAAGUCAUAGCGUUUACAGUUUACCCGAAAACCUUAAACCUAAAACCAUAAAACACGGCACAUGUUUUCAAUCUGAGUUACAUAUUUAAUUUAAUUUAAUUUAGUUUAGUUCCGCCUCUAACACGAUGCAAUACCUUGUUACUUAUUCGAAAUGCAAGCUAAUAUUAAUUUCAUAAUUGUUUUAUUAUUACCCGCUUCGGCAACCGAAACCAAAACGAAAUCGAUUAAAAAAUUCACAUUACGAAUAAGAUGGAAA